GUUUUCUCUCAUCCUCCAUAGGUUAGAACCCCACCCACAGUCACACGUAGUACCCAACUAUUUUCGACGCCGUUUCAUACUCUUCCUUUGCUUUGCUUCUUCUCCGAGAACCUUCCGACAAAAUUCCCCUUUCUUCUUCCUCUCACUCUUUCUCCUCUCCAAUUUCAUCUCUCUCUAGAUUUCGUUCCAAGAUGUCGCUAAUUAGGGUUUCAGGAAGAGCGUCAAAAACAGCGUUCUCUCAUUCUCGGACUUACUUUCUCUCUUCUCAAUCAUCUCCUCGUCACCAAAUCUCCAACAUUUCCGACAAGGGAACACCUGCACUGGAAACGAGGGAUCAUGGUAAUGUUGAUGCCAGAUGAGUCUCCUACAAAGUUCAUUUUUCAGUCCAUUUCUCUGCGAAGCUAGCAGAGAAAAUAGCAGGCUCCCACAUUGUCUAUGGUUUUUUAGGUGCUGGUGGACCCCACUCCUUUUCUACGACCAUUUUUGGAUUGACUAGGGUCGUUGGAGGCCCCUGCAUAAAAGACGUCCAUUACAAUUGCUGGUUACAACAUAGAAUUCCAAUUAGAGCAUUUGGUGCUGCAAGGCUUAUUCAUGGCUCGGCUGUUAUGUCAAAGAAUUAUUAUGACAUUCUCGGCGUGGGCAAGAAUGCAACUCAAUCUGAACUCAAGAAAGCUUUCUAUGCGUUAGCAAAGAAACAUCAUCCCGACAUGAAUAAAGAUGAUCCGGAUGCUGAAAAAAAGUUUCAGGAGAUUAAUAAGGCCUAUGAGGUUUUGAAAGACGAGCAAGAACGUGUAGCUUAUGAUCAGAUGGGCCAUGAUGCAUAUGUACAAGGCAAAGAAUCUGGUGGUCCUAAUCCUUACGAAAGCGGUGGCUUUAAUUUUCAGGAUCUUUUCCACAAUAACCCUUUCGAUUUUACUGACAUUUUUACGCAAAGAAAAGGCCAAGAUGUGAAGUUAUCCUUAGAGUUAUCUUUCAUGGAAGCUGUUCGAGGAUGCUCCAAAACAGUGACAUAUCGAACAACUUUGCCUUGUGAAGCUUGUGGUGGAACAGGUGUUCCUCCUGGAACCAAACCCGAGACAUGUAGGCGGUGUAGAGGGAGAGGCAUGAUGUUUAUGGAAAAAGGCCCAAUCGCCAUCCAGACUACUUGUAUUCAUUGUAAUGGAACGGGGAAAACAUAUACGACACAUUGCAAGUCCUGCAGUGGUAAUCGAGUGGUGCAGGGAUCAAAGUCUGUCAAAUUGGAUAUCAUUCCUGGUGUUGAUAAUAGUGAAACUAUCAAGGUAUCUAGAAGUGGUGGGGCUGAUCCUGAUGGAUAUGGACCGGGUGACCUUUACGUUAUUAUCAAGGUCAAAGAAGACCCUGUUUUCCGAAGAGAAGGUUCUGACAUCCAUGUUGAUGCUGUUCUGAGUAUUACUCAGGCAAUUUUGGGCGGGACAAUCCAGGUUCCAACUCUCACCGGAGAUGUUGUCCUUAAGGUUCGUCCUGGGACCCAGCCCGGUCAGAAGGUUGUGCUGAAGAAAAAAGGAAUUAAAGCAAGGGGCUCUGCCUCAUUUGGUGAUCAGUUUGUACACUUCAAUGUCAGCAUUCCAACGAGUUUGACCCCAAGACAGCGGGAACUUGUAGAAGAGUUUGCCAAAGAAGAGCAAGGAGAAUAUGAUAAGCGCGCUGCAGCAGGGGCCUCUAGAUAAUUCGGAUUUUCAAAAACUAAGAGGCAAUAUAUGACUUGCAUAUUCACACAGGCAUCUGAACUAAAGAAUGAAUAGAACUCCAUAUUACUCAUCCAUUUGGUCUAGUUUAGGUUAUGAUUAUUGUUCAAGGUUUUCCUUUGGAGCUGAGUUUGAAGGAGCUGCAGGUUGGGGCCAGAAGCAUAAGCAGUUCAGUAGGCUUGAAAAGUUUUGUAGGAAGUAAAAUACUAAAUUCAUUUGAUGCUGUUAUGUGCAAAUUAAAAAAUUGGCCGCUAUGCCAGGUUUGUAAAUAUUAUCAAUGAAUGAAUGAAUUAAACUCUUCUUCAUGGACACUUA